CCUCAUUUGCAUGCAGCGCGCGCCCCCGCGCGCGUGACGCGGGCCGGUUUUCCCGCCCCGCCGCUCCCCUUUUCCCGCGUGUCCGGUCCCGGUCCCGGUGUCGGUCCCGCUCCGCCGGGCGCGCUCCGCCGCUCCUGUGCGCUCCCGGUCUGCAUGCGGCGGGGCGGCGGCGCCGAGCCAUGGCGGCGGCACCGCGGGGCUGCGCCGGGGCCCCGCGGGGCAGGGCCGGCGAGAAGCAGUGCUCAUGGGCUUCCUACAUGACCAACUCCCCGACGCUGAUCGUGAUGAUCGGGCUGCCGGCGCGGGGCAAGACCUACAUGUCCAAAAAACUCACCCGCUACCUCAACUGGAUCGGGGUGCCCACCAAAGUGUUUAAUUUAGGGGUGUAUCGGCGCCAGGCGGUGAAGUCCUACAAGUCCUAUGACUUCUUCAGGCACGACAACAAGGAGGCCAUGGAGAUCCGCAAACGCUGUGCCCUGGUGGCCCUGGAGGAUGUGAAGUCUUAUCUCUUGGAGGAGAGCGGGCAAAUUGCUGUGUUUGAUGCGACCAACACGACUCGGGAGCGGCGGGACCUGAUCUUAAAUUUUGCGAAGGAAAACGCUUUCAAGGUGUUUUUCGUGGAGUCUGUGUGUGACGAUCCCGAGGUCAUCGCUGCCAAUAUCCUGGAGGUGAAAGUUUCCAGCCCUGACUACCCCGAGAGGCACCGGGAGAACGUGAUGGACGAUUUCCUGAAGAGGAUCGAGUGCUACAAGGUCACCUACCAGCCUCUGGACCCGGAUGCCAAUGACAAAGAUCUUUCCUUCAUUAAAGUGAUCAACGUGGGCCAGCGCUUCCUGGUCAACCGAGUGCAGGAUUACAUCCAGAGCAAGAUUGUUUAUUACCUGAUGAACAUCCACGUGCAGCCCCGCACCAUCUACCUGUGCCGGCACGGCGAGAGCGAGUACAACCUGGUGGGCAGGAUCGGCGGGGACUCGGGGCUGUCAGCCCGAGGGAAGCAGUUCUCGCAGGCGCUGAAGAAGUUCCUUGAGGAGCAGGAGAUCGUGGACCUGAAGGUGUGGACCAGCCAGCUGAAGAGGACAAUCCAGACAGCCGAGUCCCUGGGGGUGCUCUACGAGCAGUGGAAGAUCCUCAACGAGAUCGAUGCUGGGGUCUGUGAAGAAAUGACUUACGCAGAAAUUGAAGCCAAGUAUCCGGAUGAGUUUGCCAUGAGGGAUCAGGAGAAGUUUCUUUAUCGUUACCCUGGAGGAGAGUCCUACCAGGACCUGGUGCAGCGCCUGGAGCCUGUAAUUAUGGAGCUGGAGAGGCAGGGCAACGUCCUGGUCAUCUCCCACCAGGCAGUCAUGAGGUGCCUCCUGGCUUAUUUUCUUGACAAGAGCGCAGAUGAGCUGCCCUACCUGCGCUGCCCCCUGCACACCAUCCUCAAGCUCACCCCUGUCGCCUACGGGUGCAAAGUGGAGACAAUUACCCUGAACGUGGAAGCAGUGAACACCCACCGGGACAAACCCUCCUUACCCUCACACGACCUCCCCAGCAGGCAGAGCCCUGUGAGGAUGAGGAGGAACAGCUUCACCCCGCGGGCCAGCGCCGACACCGUAACGCGCCCGCGGCACCACAGCCUGGGCAGCAAACCCCUGCACCUGCUGGGGCCUCUCCCAUCCCUGGAAGCUCGAGGGCCUUUCCCAUCCCUGGAAGCUGCAGAAGGGGCUGAGCAGCCACAGCUGGAGGGCUCUGUCCAGCCUCCAGAGGGAAAUGCUUGCCUCUGAGUGCCACUGCAAGCAGCUUGGGUGUGCUCUCUUUGGGCUUAAGAGAGGCCACCUCAGCCGUGUAGGGAAUCCUGCUCUCACCUGGUGGAGGAAUCCUGCUCUCACCUCGUGUGGGAAUCCUGCUCUCACCUGGUGUAGGAAUCCUGCUCUCACCUCGUGUGGGAAUCCUGCUCUCACCUCGUGUCCAGGGAAUCCUGCUCUCACCUUGUGGAGGAAUCCUGCUCUCACCUCGUGUCCAGGGAAUCCUGCUCUCACCUGGUGUAGGGAAUCCUGCUCUCACCUGGUGUAGGAAUCCUGCUCUCACCUCAUGUGGGAAUCCUGUUCUCACCUCGUGUCCAGGGAAUCCUGCUCUCACCUUGUGGAGGAAUCCUGCUCUCACCUCGUGUAGGAAUCCUGCUCUCACCUUGUGUCCAGGGAAUCCUGCUCUCACCUCGUGUAGGGAAUCCUGCUCUCACCUCGUGUCCAGGGAAUCCUGCUCUCACCUUGUGUGGGAAUCCUGCUCUCACCUUGUGUCCAGGGAAUCCUGCUCUCACCUCGGAUCCAGCUGGAAUUCCAGGGCAGGAGGAGCCGGGACUGGAGCCACCCUGGAGCCACCCUGGAGCCACCCUGGAGCCACCCUGGAGCCACCCUGGAGCCACCCUGGAGCCACCCUGGAGCCACCCUGGAGCCACCCUGGAGCCACCCUGGAGCCACCCUGGAGCCACCCUGGCCAGUGCUUGCCUUGAGCUGGGAUUUCAGAGCCUGCCUGUGUCUUUUCUGUCCAAUGCUGGGAUCUCUGUCCACGGGGCUGGAGGAGAUUGGUGGUGGAGCUUUUUCCAAGCUGCUUUUACCGCUCGUAAGCCAACGCAUCCCCGGGUGUUGAAAUAGUGUCCCACGUCUUUCCUCCUGGCCAGGUGCCAAAAUUAACCACAGUGGGAGGACAGAAUAAUCCUGUUUUUACUCAAUGAGGCAGCUUUUCUUUGGAAGAGGCAUUUCCAGGCCAAAUCCCUGAGCUUUCAUUUCUCCGUUGCCAUUUCCAAGUUCUUUCCAAGUUCUAUCCAAGUUCUAUCCAAGUUCAAACUCAAUUUUUUCUGCUGUUCAGCCACCCAGGGAGCUCCAGGUCAGGUUUGGCUUUCCCUCCGUGAGUGCUGGUGGGAAUCCCCCCAGUCUGAGGUAGUUUCUUUUUCCUGGGAAUGUUUUUGCUGGGAUGUGAGAGCCAGGGCAGCACAUCCACCCCAGGGUUCCCUCCUGGGAGGGGCUGGUGGCCACAAACCCUCCUGCCCCUCCCUGGGAGCAGCUCCCAGCGCUUUAAAUCCCACCUCAAGCCUUAUUUUAGCUAUUUUAGCUUCUCAGCCCAGCCCAAACUUCAUCCUCUCACUCAUUUUCCCCGCAUUUUGGGGAUGUUUUAUCCAUUUAACCCCAGGAAAUGGGAGCUUGGCUGGGACCAGCAGGGCUCCUGGGCAGGAAGCACAAGGUUUUUACCAGUUUUCUUUAUAAUACCCCCAAAUUUUAGGCCCACAACAAGCUUUUAACUUGCCUAUGAAUAAGCUGUGAAUUCCCAGUGCUGCCUUUCAUCGUUUUAAGCUGUUGUAGAGUUUAGAGCACAGAUGGUGCAGCUCUGUGUGGCCGUGUCUUAACUUAAACCUUCCCUUAAAUCCCCACCAAACCCCAAAUUUUCACUUCUCUCCCACAAGAUUUGACUCCAGCUGUUCCUGCAGUAAGGGCAGCACCCUCAGGUUGGGUGAAAAAAGGAAAAUUUGGGUGCAGAGCAGGAGGCUGUUCUGGACCUGCUGUUCCCAGGUGACUCCAGGAUUUAUCUGAGCAGUUCUGAGCUCCAAAAGUCGCUUGUUUUAAAUGUGUAAAUAAAUGUUGGAUAUCCCCACAGCAGGGAAACUGCCCUGGCUGUGGAGGAGCUCAGCAGCCCCAGAGCCUGAGGCUUACCUGGGCAUUUUGAGCUCAAACUUGGUUGUUUUAAACACUCCCAGAGCUGUAAUUUGAUAAAAUGGGAUGGAGAGCACCAAGGCACUAAUCUGGACCCCUCAGGAUUUCUGAGGAGCAGAAAAAUGUGUUGAUCUGAAGCAAUUGUGCCACAGAGGGCUGAAAUUCCGUGGUGAAAAAUUGAGUUUUGCUCAGUUUUUCUUCUCAGGGUUUCCCCCUCCAGGUCUGGUCUUGGGUUUUAAAUGCUUUUAUGCUUAGAAAUAAACCAGAAAAAAAAUUUUAAAAAGGUUAAACGUUGAAGGAAGAGAUUUAAAGGCUGUCCAUGGCCGUCCUGACACUCCAAAAUGCUCUGAACGCACAAACCCCAUCCUUGUCCUGGCUGCUCUGACCAAAGCCCUCCUGCUCUGUGAAAAGAGGAGUGGAAAAUGUUCUGUGGGACAUUUACGCACAAAAAUUUGCUGAAGAGUUCAUUACGUUCAUCUCACUGGGCAGUAAAUGAUUGUGGGGAGACAAAAAUCUAUAUUUUUACCUGCUGGGAUCUGUGAACGUCGCUGUUGAUGUGUUGGUGGUUGUGAGUUCUUUUAUUUUUAAUCCUUGUUGAAAAUCAGGUGUUCUGCAGUUUGGAUCAGAGGCUGGGGGUUCCUUUUGGGGCUGGGGGUGGAAUUUCAUCCUUCCCUGCAGCGUUUGUGCCUCGGUGCUUUCAUGAAAGGUUUUUCCUCCUUUGGAAAGGUUUGAAUCAAACAUUUCUGGAGCAGAGCAGAGCUGGGGGCAGAGCAGAGCCCGGAGGGUCCUGCUGAGCCCUCGGGGAGGGAGCAGGGCUGGAGUGAUGCCCGUGGGCACCUCCUGGCAGCUCCCCGUGCCAGGGAUUUCCCCGAAACCACCUGAUUUCCUUGGCACUGGGCGUGCAAACAUCCCAGAAUCAACAAACCUUGCACAACCGGGGUUUUUGGGAUGGUUUUGGUGGAGCAGCUCAGCAGCAGCCCCUGCUGUCAGCGGGAUCAGUGCCCUGGGCUGGCUCUGGGGGUGGUUUGGGGGUCGUUCGGAGGGGUUGGGGUGAGCCUGGCACCUUCCUGAGCUUCUCCCCAGCACUGGGGGGUUUCUGUGCCCCCCUGGCUCGCUGUGCCUCUGUUUGGAGCAGCAGAGGUGGCGCUGGCUGCUGUCACCUGCAGUGGCACCUGCCUGUCCCCUGUGUCACCGCAGGGAAAAAGGAGCACUCGGGCUAAAACUUCUCCAUUUCUGGGGGAAAAAAACUGAAAAAGGGGGGAAAGAGUUAAAGGCAGCCUGGCUGUGACCUCAGAGCUGUCACCUCUGCCAGGCGUCCCCUUCCCGGCAGCUGGGGUGGGUGACAGGGAAGAGCCUGGCCAGGGAGGGGCUGAGGGAGGAGAGCCAGAGCCACCUGCCCUGGGAGUGUCCCCAAGCCUCACCCUGUGCCCCUCUGAGGGGUGAGCAGUGCCAGUGCCACCCUGCUGUCCCCUCGCUGUCCCCUCGCUGUCCCCUCGCUGUCCCCCUGCUCCUGGGCUCUGUUUGCAGCUCUCUGUGGCAAUGUCUGCUGAGAGGGAUCUUCCCCAGCUGCUUGUGAACUUCCCUGCUCUGCUGCCUUUUAAGUGGUUUAUUUUUUUUAGGUUUAAAAUGCUGCAGCGUCUGUCAGCCCGUGCUGCGUGUUGUGUGCUCUGUGUGCACUCGAGCAUAAAUCUGUCAGUGUUUAUUUACAAUAAAGAGAUUUAAAAACCCCA